AUGGAGAGAAAUCUACCAGUAAUAUCAAAGAGAGUGUGGAGUGUAAUCCGUAUGGCGUUAUUCAUGCUGAGAAAAAAAUUAUCAAAGGGCAAAAUAGUGACGGAUCUAAACAUGAUUCUCAAGCGCUGUGGCAAGGUUGCCGGAAAAGCCAUUGUCAAUCUAAUGCUCCAUCAUCACCACGGAGGGUCCAUCUCAAACCGUCACUCCCAUAACUCCUUCAAUUCUUCUCAGGUACCGCCUACACCGGUUGGUGAGGCCAUGAAUAUGAGUGCAAUGAAGACAAUACUGAAUAUGCUUAGCAAUGAUCAAGCUAUUGUAGAAGCAUCUCCAGCAUUGUUUGGACUCGAUCGUAGUCCAGCGGUGAGGCGAUUGAGGGUAACUGACUCUCCAUUUCCUUUAAGAGAUGAUGAUGAGAAGGACAGCCAGAUUGAUAAGGCUGCGGAAGAAUUCAUAAAGAGGUUUUACAGCCAGUUGAAGAUGCAAGUUUGA